GAGAUUUCCCUAGGAUUUCAUUUUGGACGGACGUCUUCAUUUGUUCUUUGCUCAUUGAGGCUCCAGAGCUCGGUAUUGCAAUGGCGAGAUCCACAAGCAAGGACGCUCAAGCUCUUUUCCAGUCGCUUCGCUCAGCUUAUGCUGCCACUCCAACGACUCUCAAGAUCAUUGAUCUCUACGUGAUUUAUGCUGUGUUCACGGCUCUGAUCCAGGUAGCAUACAUGGCGAUUGUUGGAUCGUUCCCAUUCAACUCCUUCCUCUCUGGCGUUCUUUCUUGUAUCGGGACAGCUGUCCUUGCUGUUUGUCUCCGGAUUCAAGUUAAUAAAGAAAACAAGGAGUUCAAGGAUUUGGCCCCAGAGCGAGCUUUUGCUGAUUUCGUUCUGUGCAACCUGGUUCUCCAUUUGGUGAUCAUCUGCUUCCUCGGAUAAAACACCUCAUUUUGGGUUCUACUUCUUUUCUUGCUUUCUUUUGAGAAUUAAAUUAAACCCAGAAAGUAGCUUAUGCUAGAAAUUUUCUACCAAACAUAGCAUAUUAGAAAGAGAGAGUUAUUCCUGCAACUGAAUUAAUGUCAUUCUGAGUUAUUUUCUACCGUGAUGUUUUUCCAGACAAUCAAAUGCGUCAACACUUUUCUGGCCA